CUAAUAUCCUCUUUUUCUCGUCUUUAUAUAUCAUCUCAUCCAAGCAUUAGAUCAUUUCAUCAUCACACCAAACAUAAUUAACACUUGGAAGAGAACAACAACGACAAGAUCAAGAAAAGACAAAGAUUUGUAAGAAAAUGGGAAGAGCUCCAUGCUGCGACAAGGCAAACGUGAAGAAAGGACCAUGGUCACCGGAAGAAGAUGUGAAGCUCAAGGAUUACAUCGACAAAUAUGGCACUGGUGGCAACUGGAUCGCACUGCCUCAGAAAAUUGGGCUGAAGAGAUGUGGUAAGAGUUGCAGACUGAGAUGGCUUAAUUACUUAAGACCAAACAUCAAACAUGGUGGUUUUUCUGAGGAAGAAGAUAGAAUCAUCUUGAGUCUCUACAUUAGCAUUGGAAGCCGGUGGUCCAUAAUUGCAGCUCAGCUUCCUGGAAGGACUGACAAUGAUAUCAAGAAUUAUUGGAACACAAAACUGAAGAAGAAACUUCUAGGAAGACAGAAACAAAUGAAUCGUCAAGACUCCAUAACCGAUUCUACUGAGAACAACCUCAGCAACAAUAACAACAAUAAGAGUCCUCAGAAUCUGAGCAAUUCGGCACUGGAGAGGCUCCAGCUUCACAUGCAGCUUCAGAAUCUACAGAGCCCUUUCUCUAGUUUCUACAACAACCCUAUCUUGUGGCCCAAGCUUCAUCCAUUGCUCCAGAGCACUACAACUAAUCAAAACCCUAAGCUUGCAUCUCAAGAAAGCUUCCACCCUUUAGGAGUUAACGUUGAUCAUCAGCACAACAAUACCAAGCUAGCUCAGAUAAACAAUGGAGCCUCUUCUCUCUAUUCGGAGAACGUAGAGCAAUCCCAAAACCCUGCUCAUGAAUUUCAACCUAAUUUCGGUUUUUCACAGGACCUUCGAUUAGAUAAUCAUAACAUGGACUUUAUGAACAGAGGGGUUUCUAAAGAACUGUUUCAAGUGGGCAACGAGUUUGAGCUAACGAACGGUUCGAGUUGGUGGUCAGAGGAAGUGGAACUAGAGAGGAAAACGACGUCGUCGAGUUCUUGGGGGUCAGCUUCUGUGCUUGAUCAGACAACUGAGGGAAUGGUUAUGCUUCAAGAUUACGCUCAGAUGAGCUACCACAGUGUUUAAUAAGUUAUAUCAUGCAUAUAUAUAAAUGCGUAACUAUAGGGAUGGAUAAUGGAUUAUUGAUGGAAUAUGUAUUUUAUUACGGUCAUAAGCUUAUAGCAUGUUGAUGGUGAAAGGGGCUUUUUCAUAAUUUGUUUUAAAAUGUAACGAGUUGUGGAUAAUAAUGUAAAUCGUUAAUUCUACUUGGUUUUAUUUCAUUUUGGAAAAAAUAGGAGACGUAAAUAAACUUUGAUCGAUUUUUAUGGUG